UCCAAGCAUCACCUCCUGCCGUGUGUUCUGUCCGUCAUGUGGGGGCGGCGCGUCUGGAUCUUAAUCGUCCAUCAGCCCAUGUUGAAUUCAGAUGUACGUCCGGACAGCCAGGAAGAAACCUGAAGGAGAAGAAAGCUCACCAGCAUCAUCACCAUGACGAAGAUCACCGGCAAACACUUGUUGUGCUUCUUCCUCCUCGUCAUCCCGUUGUCCUGGGCAGAGGACAAGAAGAAAACCGGGAGGAAGCCUGAGAACACCCCAGUUUGGAGCCAACCGAAGACCAGACGACUGUUUGCAAGGCAAAAGAUUUCUCCGCCUCAGCAAAGUUGCAAUCUUAAACAGAAGCCAAACUUCACCCCUGCGCGUCGCUGCAGCCACCUGAUGGAAAACUGCUCCUCGUAUGUACCCUGCUGCGACCCCUGCGCCUCCUGCCGCUGUCGACUCUUUAAUACCAUCUGCCACUGCUGGAGGACGAACUCCCUGUGCUUAAAGAGGAGCUAGAGACGGCAACCACACACAGAUUUUUUUUUUUAAACACACAAACAACACAGAAACGGAUAUUUUCGCAUUCACUGCCCUCUGAGUGUUGUCGUCUUGGGUUGCGCUGGUGUCCAGAGUGAAUCCAGGGUAAACGAGAAGCAUCACUUAAGCGACAGCAGGGGAGGUGGGAAAGAAAGGAAUGAAGGGAUGUUUCUCUACCUUCACUCUCCUGACUAUGAAAGGCUCACAAAAUAUCCCAACAUACAGUAUUCAGGUGUAACACGCGCUGUGUGGCAUAUACUUUGUCAUGUAAAUAGACAAUCGCUUGUUAACUGUUUGUUGUGUUUCGGGCUCUUCCCGCUGCUUUCAUGUAACUUUUAAAUUUCAUGUUAAUCACAUGGGGACCACAGUGACAGGAUUUACACAGACAAAUUUUUUGCUCUACAGAUUAAAUGUGGAAAAAAAAAAAGAUAUUUGUUGUGAACUCGUGUCAGCUAUUCUUUGAAGACUUUGGGUCCUCACUUACUUAUGUUCUAAUUGGUGACUUGUAGUUAAGUUGUAGUUUUGCUAUUGAAUAAUACACAUUGUAAGUCACGUACUCGUCGAUUUAAGGCAGUAAAUGUUAAGUUUAAGAAGUUAUUCUGAAAACUGCGUCUUGGUAGUAUUUUCCAGGGCAUUUAUAUGAGAGGCAAAAAGACAAUGAUCCCUCGGAGACGUUCAUAGACACAUGUUGAUUUCUGUGUGAAUUCCAAAAUAAAGUUACUUUGCAUCUUUUAAAUUCCA